GCAGACGCAUCUGUGACUUCCUCCUUCACUUUUGUGGUUUUGGACUGACAGGCACCCCACUAUCACAUUUAUAGUCUGCAUGAUUCAUUCUAUGAUGGCAGCCAGCAGCGUGUUGCCUCUCCAGCAGUACAUCGCAUCACUAAACAGCACAUGUCUGCCCAGAAUCCUGCAGGUCUGCUCGGGAGUCUACUUCCAAGGCUCCAUCUAUGAGAUCUCGGGGAACGAGGUGUGCUUUUCCACCGGGGACGUUAUCAAAGUCACCGGCAUUGAACUCUUGUCCGUUUGCUGCAAAGAUGUCAGCAGCGAUGAGAAGUUUGAGCUGCCCAUCAACCACACAGGCUUGUUCAAGAUCAGUCCAGAGGUGACGCCGUACAGCACAGUGGAGGAGCUGGUCAAGCUGAGGCCUGUGGAUUUAGAGUCCUGCCUCCCCGUCACAUUCACCAGCCGCAACAAAAUGACCCUCGAAGAUGUCACGCUGAGGGAGGGCGCAGUCUUGACCUUGCUGUCUGUCGAAGACGAUCGGUGUCGCUGCCACAUCAGAGGCAAUGGGGAAGCCUCGGCCGAGGUGUACGUGUCGCUGGCGACGCGUGGAGAGUUCUACAUGUGCGGGGGUGAGGAGCGCUUCACUCUCAGGGAGAUCAUGGCUUCGCCGUGCCUGCGCCUUCAACGAUUCCACUUCGUUAACACCGCAAUGUGGCAACAGACCCUCGUCCUCAGUCCUGUCUACCAAAUCUGUGCCGUCAUGAACUUGAGGAAGAACGUGUUGAGGUUCCCCUCCAGCUUAGAGGUGGACGUGGUGGACAUCACUGACAUGUGCAAGGAGGUCAACUUUGUCUCCCCUCUCAGUCUCGCAGACGUCCAUUCCCUGACCGAUGAAUUCUUCCCUGUUGUCGUGGAGGUCUUGGAGGGUCCGGAGACGGGUGCUCUGUUUAAUUGCAGAUGGCUGCCGCACCUCCAGAAGGGAACCCUGUUGGUUUUCCACGGAAAGAGAACUUCAGCCAUGACUGUGAUGUCCAGCUUGAAAAGCCGCAAGUCGCAGUACUUCCUUGUCUCAAAGCAGUAUGGUGGACAAUUCCGGAGGCGUCCCAGAGGGUUUGAUUCAGUCUAUGAGCUCUAUGUGGCCUCCAUGCAAGCACCAGGGUUGAAGGUAUCCGUCACAAGGAACUGUGAGGAAGUUGAGGAAGAAGGUCUUCCUGGGCUGAGUGUUGGGGAGCAGCUGGAGGUGGUGGGUUGUCAAAAAGUCCUGCUGCCAUGUGGAGGCACUGAGAGGCAGUCAGUUGACGCUCUCGUUUGCCAGCGCCUCCAAGAUGUGGAUGAAGGAGAUGAGGAUGAGGAUGUUUUUCUGCCUCUGUACAUGCAAGGCCACUUUGUGGAGGUGCUGAGCGACAACAAGAAGUACAAACUGGAAGACUUGGGCAGGAUGUUCAAGCUGCCGCUGAAUGUGAAAGCAGUGAGCCGGGAUCCCGAACUGGAGGUCGACCCUCUUGUGGGAUUUCCGUGUCUCCGGGUAGAGGGGGCCACGCUGGAGCCCACCAUCCUGGCGAGCUUCCUGCACUCGCCGGAGCUCUGCUUUGAGAUACCCGCCCAGAGGAUCUCCAUGUCUGUGUGUCAAAGCCAGCAUGGCCUGCCGUGGCCCGUUGAACAACCCCCAGAGUGUCACGUGGAGUGUGUUACCGAGGUGACGGACAGGUUCUUGCACCAGUUCCUAAAGGACGCUAUGACAAGGGACGAGCCUCCACCCAGACCCCCCAAAAGGAAUCAGUUUGAGUCGACCACGAGGCUUGCAAAGGCGUCCCAAAGCACGCCGAGCCAAGAGUUUUCCAGUUUGACUUUAAGAAGCAGAAGCGAGAGCUGCUCAGUGCCUCCGCCUCCUGCUCGCCAGGCAACUCUCACCGACAGACUGCUGCCAAUCACGCCACUAAAGCACUCAGCGCCUCCGACCUUGCCUGCAAGGGCCGCGCCCAAAACCUAUGUGAGAGUGGGAACUCAUGUUAAAGGUGAAGGACAACCUUUAGUCUUUUUGUGUUACUGCAAACUGUGGAGUCUACCAAUAUUCUUCUCCUCGCAGGGUCACCGUGGACGUCUGCAGCAGAGCACUCAGACGACUACGAAGAAGUGGAGGACAUGCUGGCAGUGAUGGUGAAGGAAACCCAGGAGAGUGCGGCUUUCUACUAGCGAGACAAUGCUGGGCUGCACCACCUAAGAUUUUUAGCUAUUACGUUCAGCCGUUCACUGUGACACACCAGCCUGAAGCUCUUACAGUGGUGUGAAAAAGUGUUUGCCGCCUUCCUGUUUUCUUUUCUCUGCAUCUUUUUCACACUUAAAUGUUUCAGAUCAUCAGAAAAAUGUAAUUUUUAGUCAAUGACAACACAACUAAAUAGAAAAUGCAGCUUUUAAAUUAAACUUGUUAUUAAAGGAGGAAAAAAAAAAUCCAAACCUACAUGGCCCCACGUGAAAAAGUGAAGCCCCCUAAACCUAAUAACUGGUUGGGCCACCCUUAGCAGCAACAACUGCAAUCAAGCAUUUGCGAUAACUUGCAAUGAGUCUCUUACAGCGCUGUGGAGGAAUUUUGGCCCACUCAUUUUUGCAGAGUUGUUGUAAUUCAGCCACAUUGUAGGAUUUUCAAGCGUGAACCACAUUUUUAAGGUCAUGCCACAGCAUCUCAAUAGGUUCAGGUCAGGAUGUUAUGAGUGGCCACCGCCACGAGUGCUGGAUCCCAAACGCAGUGACGAGAGAGUCCGUGUAACAACAUUUAUUGUCACAAAAGGUGUCCACGACGUGGGAAAGCACACCAAAUACAAAAUACAACACAAAAACCACCCGGACCUAGUCACGGGGUAAGAACUGAAAACUAAGAACGCUGCUAGCACGGGAAACAAGCAGGGAGAAAAAAAUAGAACUAAAGGGAGCUGCAAAAAAGGUAGCAGACAGGAAAAAAGGCGAACAGAAAUCGCUGCUGAGAACCAAGCAGGUACUAGUGACACUCACCACUGCAGGAAAAAAGGCCUGGCAGGCGAAAAAUGAACUACACGUACAACAGAGGCAAAAAAGGACCAGAAAGUAGUUGGAUGCAAAAGGCAGCUCAAGAAGGCUGGUAGGUAAUUGCCCACAGGUGUGAUAAUUGGCUCCUCCUGGUAGGCUUGGAGGUGUGCUGCAAUAUAAGGCAGAAAGACGGCAGCAGGGCAGCACACCGAACAUGACACAGGACUUUGACUAGGCCACUCCAAAGUCUUCAUUUUGGUUUUCUUUAACCAUUCAGAGGUGGACUUGCUGGUGUGUUUUGGAUCAUUGUCCUGCUGCAGAACCCAAGUUCAUUUCAGUUUGAGGUCACAAAGAGAUGGCUGGUCCUGAAGCAGCAAAACAGCCUCAGACCAUCACACUACCACCACCAUAUUUUACUGUUGACAAGAUGUUCUUUUUCUGGAAUGCCGCGUUACUUUUAUGCCAGAGGUAAUGGGACACACACCUUCCAAAAUGUUCAACUUUUGUCUCAUCAGACCACAUUUUAUUUUCCCAAAGGUCUUGGAGAUCAUCAGCAUGUUUUCUGGCAAAAUUGAGACAAGCCUUAGAGCACGUGUGUCAAACUGCAGGUUUUCUCUCCAACCAGUUUCUUCAGCAGGUGAUUUAAUUGAUGAGCUCCUUCCCUCAAACUGAAGGUGUUGAUCAUUAAAAUCACCUGCUUUAGUGACUGGCUGGAAAGAAAACCUGCAGUGUCUCGGCCCUCCAUGGCACGAGUUUGACACCCCUGUCUUAGAGGGAUAGUUUGGAUUUUUUGACAUGAAGUUGUAUGACAGCGUUGCAGUCCAUUAACAGCGACUUACCCCCCCACUUGGUCUCGUAAGUCCAGUUUUGGUCAGAUUUCUGUGAUGAAGAACAUACUUCCGCUUACAUUCUGGGGACAAUUAAGUAAAGUGUUUGGCUUCUAAAAACAAUAUGCAUUCAGAAGAUUAAUACAUUUGCAUCACAAAAAAGCCUACUCAAAAAAAUCAGACCUCACAAAACGCUUGCCGUUAUAUUUGUCUCCUGCCGUAAUUUCUGCGCAGUCACCUGUGCGUUCUUGUGUGUGACGAAGACUUCCCUACUAUCUCUUUAAUGUUCUUUUUGUUAUGCUGUGGUUUUCGCCUUGGAACUUUGCCACGCAGGCCGUUUUUGCCCAGUGUCUUUCUUAUGGUGGAGUCAUGAAAACUGACCUUAACUGAGGCGAGUGAGGCCUGCAGUUCUUUGGACGUCGGUGUGGGCUCUUUUGUGACCUCUUGGAUGAGUUGUCGCUGCGCUCUUGGGAAGGUUCACCACUGUUCCAUGUUUUCGCCAUUUGUGAAUUAUUGCUCUCACUGUGGUUUGCUGGAGUCCCAACGCUGUAUCUAGAAAUGGCUUUAUAACCUUUUCCACACUGAUACCCAAUUAAUCUGUUGGGGAAUAACUUAUUUUUCUCUUCGUAAUAAAAAGUUAAAUUUAAAAACUGCAUUUAGUGUUCAGUUGUGUUGUCAUUUACUAAUAUUUAUAUAGUUAUGAUUUAGUUUGAUGAUCUGAAACAUUUAAGUGUGACAAACAUGCAGAAAUCAGAAAGGGGACAAACACUUCACACCACUGUAGCUACAAACUGAGAUAUCUGAGAAGGAAAUCAGUAAAACACUGCACUAGUGAACAACAUAUGACAGCAUAUCAUAGCAAGCCCCGAAUGCCAUGUAAAUAUGGCCUGCAGUGCAUAAAAGACUAUUAUUAAACAUAAAAAAUGUGCACAAUUAAUCCAGAAAGGGAUGACGCCAUCACAGCACAUAGAAACAUCCAGGUAGCAUGGAAAGAUGCCACCUAAUGUAUUGUGCUUUAU